CGACUGUGUACACACACACAGCCAGUUCAUUCGACACGCAAUCUGUUAUCACGUUUGUGUUGUGUUUUCGUAGGCGGGAAUGAGUACCAUUCUCUUUCUGUGACGUUGAUUAGGUUCGGAUAUCCUUGAGACGUAUUAGACAGAGUAGAAGUAUUAACAUCCCUGAUCAUGGACCAGGAAUUAGGCAAGAAAAUGUCGGCUCUGCGACUAGCCGAAGCCAACAGAACGAGCAACAUCACUCGACCUACUACUGGAUUUCAGUAUCCAGCUACUAGUGGCCAAUUACCACCAUACAAGUAUCCUAAUUCAGCUACUCAAAUGAAAUAUGAACCUCAGUAUGGAUCUACAUCUUCGGAAGGAAUUUAUGCCAACCUGGAGGAACUCACUGGAAGUCCUGUCAGAGGCAGGUAUGAAGAUGCAUUUAUCCCACCUCCGGAACAAUUUUCCCAAAGACUUGUUCAGAUAUCCAAGAUAUCACACGUCCCCACGCAAUCCAAAGUGAGUUUGGAAGAAGCCAUGCGCUACACACCACCAAACUUGGUGACUUCUGCUGACGAAGCACCUGUUUAUGAGAAUCUUCAAUUCUACACUUCACCAAAGAAAACAUUUUCAAUUAUUUCAUCAGCUAGUAACAUGUGUGUGCCAACCUAUCAGCCAGUUUCCUCCAACCUUGCUGCAUUGAAAACUGAUGCCCAGUUGGCCACACAACAGCCCUUUGAGCCAAGUCAGUUUCCCCCACCUUCUACAUCAUCGAUGAAAUGCAAAUCUUUCACACAAGCAUAUCAGGCACCACAAAUCAUCAAGCCAUCUCCUCAAAGGUUUUCCCAACCUACUCCUACCUAUCAACACACUCAAAACGCUUCAAGCACUACUACAACUGGAUAUGAAAAGUCACCUCAGCGAUUCAUCAAACCAGGAAUGACAACUGAUUCAAGCAUUCAACAGAUGAGUCCAGCUGGUUCCUCCCCUAAAAUGCCCUUUGCAACUCUUCCUUCAAAAAAGGAAACUUCUGAUGCCGAGAAAAAAUUUGAAUCUUUCAUGAAAGAAAUAGAAGAAGAAAUGGAGAAUCAAGAACAAGAUGGGGAAUUUUUUGGUGUCUGUCACACUUGUGGGGAAAAAAUUACUGGGGCGGCCGAAGCCUGCCAGGCAAUGGGAAAUCUCUAUCACACUUGCUGCUUCGUAUGCUGUUCCUGUGGUCGGGCCCUUCGGGGAAAAGCUUUCUAUAAUGUCCAUGGAAAGGUUUACUGCGAGGAGGAUUAUUUGUACUCUGGCUUUCAACAAACUGCUGAGAAAUGUGGACUAUGUGGACAUUUAAUAAUGGAAACUAUUUUACAAGCUAUGGGAAAAUCUUAUCAUCCUGGAUGCUUCCGUUGCUGCGUUUGCAACGAAUGCUUGGACGGGGUUCCAUUCACUAUCGACGUAGACCAUAAAAUCUACUGUGUGACAGACUACCACAGGAUGUUUGCACCGAGAUGCGCAGCUUGCGAUGAAAUUAUCACGCCUGCUCAGGGUAGCAAAGAGACGGUACGCGUUGUGUCUAUGAACAAGGACUUUCACGUUGAUUGCUAUGUUUGCGAGAGUUGUGGAUUACAGUUAACGGAUGAGCCAGAGCGGCGAUGUUAUCCUUUGUACGGCCGCCUAUUUUGUCGCAGCUGUCGACUUAUGCAAGACACUUAAAAAUUAUGCAGCACACGAAUACGCCAAAACCAAAAUGUUUUUUUUUACUCUUCGGUUUUCUUUCCUAUUAUUACGUGCGAUAUAAGCUUUUACAUUUCGACGAAAACUUUUUAGGUUUAAUUUUCAAAAGCUAUCCUACAAGACGUUAUUUGACUUUUUUUUUUGUGUGUACCUUAUUCAAACUAACGUGACUAAUGUCCCUAAUAGAUUGGCUUUGUUUUCAUUGCAAAUGUACACUGCACAAAUACUCGGAUUACACAAUUAAAUUUUUAGUUAAUACCAA